UGUAGAUCUCCUAGCUCGGACUGUAAGAAAACAGAAGUUGGAGUGCCAAAAUGCAAAUUUCCCGACACUAAUAUCCCGGAUAUACUGAUCCUACCACACCUUCCCGGCGACUUCACCUCAGCCCAAACUCCGCCUUUCUUUCUCAGAAAUCCAAAAUCGCCACCGCCCAUGAAAUGAAAUCAGUCUUAACAAAACCAAAAUCCUUUAAUUUCUCGACUUAAAUUUAGAAGAAACUAGAGCAUUGGGGGGAAAGAAAGAAGCGAAAAUGGUUCACCCGGAAGCAUCAUCUUCUUCGUCGAGGGACCCGCCCGGAGGCGGAGCCGGAGACGCCAGUACUAGUGGCCGGCGUUUCCCACUGGCGGCGCAACCCGAGAUUAUGAGGGCAGCUGAGAAAGACGACCAGUAUGCUUCUUUUGUCUAUGAAGCCUGUCGUGACGCUUUUCGCCAGCUCUUUGGUACUUCGCACAACUUACUCUUUCUUUUUCUUUCUGUUUUUUGGUUUUGCAUUUUUUUUUUCCGAAAUUUUGUCCUAAUUGUUUGCUAAUCAGGGUUCUGUUUGUUGCUUUUGUGGUUGGUGUUUUAUUUAUUGAUGGUAUUUUUUCUUCUUCCAGGUACACGAGUUGCAAUGGCUUAUCAGAAUGAGACAAAGCUUUUAGGACAGAUGUUGUAUUAUGUGCUGACCACGGGUGCUGGGCUGCAAACUCUGGGGGAAGAAUAUUGUGACAUCAUUCAGGUUUCUGGGCCAUAUGAACUAUCCCCAACACCUGCAAGGCGUGCCCUCUUCAUAUUCUAUCAAACAGCAGUUCCUUAUAUUGCAGAGAGAGUCAGUUCCAGAAUUGCUUCCCAUGGCAUCACACUUGCCGACUUCCAAUCUGAAGAUAUUUCAAUGGAUGAUGCUACGCACACCUUUAUACCAGCUCCAGAGACAGAUGAAAUUUCGGUGACCUCAUUAUCAUUUUUGUCAAGAUUGAAAAUGAAAGUUGUCAGCUUGUGGUCUCAUAUAAUUCAGAGGUGGCCACUAGUUUCUCCCUUUGCUCGUGAAUGCUUCCAGUUAAUUCUGCGUGCUAAUCUGAUGUUUUUCUAUUUCGAAGGUCUCUACUAUCAUAUAUCAAAACGUGCAGCAGGCAUUCGAUAUGUCUUCAUCAGUAAACCAACUAGCCAGCGGCCUAGGUAUCAAAUAUUAGGAGUUUUUCUUCUCGUUCAGCUUUGUAUCAUUGCGGCGGAAGGUUUGCGGCGGAGCAAUUUAUCGUCCAUCGCAAGUUCAGUUCAACAGGCAUCUAUUGGGUCCUACCGCAAUUCCACAGGGCGUGGCUUACCAGUUCUGAAUGAAGAAGGCAAUCUCAUAACAGGAGAUACUGAAAAGAGCAGUUUGGGAUCAGAUUUUGCUUCCACUUCGGAGUCUGCUGCAGCUGGAGUUAGCAAAUGUACGCUCUGUCUCAGCAAUCGCCAACACCCAACAGCCACUCCCUGCGGUCAUGUUUUUUGCUGGAACUGCAUCAUGGAAUGGUGUAACGAGAAGCCUGAGUGCCCACUUUGUCGUUCCCCUGUUACUCAUUCAAGCCUCGUCUGUCUGUAUCAUUCAGAUUUUUAGUUUCUCCUGUGGAACCCUCAUUACCUGAACAAAACGUGGAUGCAAGAUUCGCCAAGCCGAAUAAUGGGGCAAAGCCACAUUGGUGAACCUAUGGCAAUAAUGUCUCCCAACAAUUGGGGUCUAUUGAAAUGGUGUAUCAUUCUAAUACCAAGCAAAAACCUGCUCAAAUAGGUAAAUUGACAUCUCAUUUUUCUUAUACACUAAUACAGAUGUUACGAAGAAAUUAAAUUUUUGUGCGACUACGCGUCAGCGUAAUAAAAUUUAACAAUAUAUUCGACUGGAAACAUCAAAUUGGGCAGAUCCUCUAAAAUAGCCAUUGUAGAAGCAAUUUUAUUUUUUUUCUCUUUUGGUGUGUGCAAGAAUAGUGUAUAAAAAAUAUUUAAAAAAAUUAGUUUACUUGCUUUCUGUGCUAAGCCUACCUAAAUAUGAUCAUUGUCUUAGUUCUUGGAAUGAAAUAUACGUCACUUUUUACAGCGAGCUGGUUGUUUACAAGUACCUGUCUCGUGUCUGAGGGUGACAAAAUUUGGCAGUCCCUUCCAACACGAAUGUAGAAAAAUCAAAAUUUGUUCUGCAUUAAUUCAUUUCUCGGAUGGGAAAAUGUCUUAUGAUCUGAUGUCAAAAAAUUUGGAUGGCAAUUUGUUUGAUAAUGGUGUAGCAAAUUUGAAGCAAUGUAGCUUUGCGUUGUUGAAUCCCUUGGGAACAUCCAAAAUACGAAUUAACUACUUGCCCUGGCUGAACAAGUGAAAGAACAAAUUACCUCUGCCCAAAAAAAGAAAUAGUCCGCAUUACAU